CAAAAAUAAUGCACACGUCAUUUUCUCUCUCAUUAAUACUACUACUAGUGUCCAAUUCCAAAAAUGAUGCUCACAUUUGCUGUCUGUUUCUUUAUUUUCUUCUGAUUCUUGAAUGAGUUAAACGAAGGCCACAUAAUUUUUUCCUAUGUUGGAGUUUGGUUUCCCAUUAUAAUAUUUUUUGGUAUUUUUCCAUUUCUGAAUGUUAAAAGGUUUUCUUGGUAAAUUAACCUUUCUGUUUCCUUCUUUCUGUAAGUAAUUUUAGCCAUGAAUCCUUGUCUUCCUGAAUGGAAUAUUGAGGCUGAACAACCGGUUCCACAUCAAAAGAAGCCAAUGGGAUUUGAUCAUGAGCUAGUGGAGUUGUUGUGGCGAAAUGGCGAGGUAGUAUUACACAGUCAAACACAUAAAAAGCAGCCAGGCUAUGAUCCUAAUGAAUGCAGACACUUUGACAAGCAUGUUCAACCAACAAUAAGAGUUGCUGGUGAUCAGACCAAUUUGCUUCAAGAUGAUGAAACUGUGUCAUGGCUCAACUGCCCCAUCGAUGAUUCAUUUGACAAAGUAUUUUGUUCUCCAUUCUUAUCUGAUAUUUCAACAGCUCCCCUAAGGGAGGCUGAUAAGUCAAUUAGGCAAUCAGAGGACAAUAAGGUUUUCAAGUUUGAUCCCUUAGAGAUCAAUCAUGUUCUUCCGCAAUCACAUCAUUCUGGUUUUGAUCCAAAUCCAAUGCCCCCUCCAAGAUUUAACAACUUUGGAUCAGCACAGCAGCAACAUCACAUAGGGGGCAAUCAGAAAGGUGUUAACUUUCCUCCACCUGUAAGGUCCUCCAAUAUGCAGCUUGGUGGCAAAGAAGCUAGAAGCAAUCUGAUGCUGCAAGAUAUUAAAGAGGGGUCUGUGAUGACUGUUGGUUCAAGCCACUGUGGCAGCAAUCAAGUUGCUGUUGAUGCUGAUACUAGCCGGUUUUCAAGUAGUGCAAAUAGAGGGUUGUCUGCAGCAUUGAUCACUGACUAUACCGGAAAGAUCAGUCCACAAAGUGAUACAAUGGACCGAGACACAUUUGAACCAGCUAAUACAUCAUCUUCAGGUGGAUCGGGCAGUAGUUAUGCAAGAGCAUGCAACCGAUCUACUGCGACCAAUAGCCAGAACCACAAAAGGAAAAGCAGAGAUGGUGAAGAACCAGAAUGCCAGAGUAAAGCUGAUGGGCUAGAAUCAGCUGGAGGAAACAAAGCCCAAAAAUCGGGAACAGCCCGAAGGAGCCGUGCUGCAGAAGUGCAUAACCUCUCUGAAAGGAGACGGAGGGAUAGAAUCAAUGAGAAGAUGAAGGCCUUGCAAGAUCUUCUUCCUCACUCUACUAAGACAGAUAAAGCAUCAAUGCUGGAUGAGGCAAUUGAAUACUUGAAGUCACUUCAAAUGCAACUGCAGAUGAUGUGGAUGGGAAGUGGCAUGGCAUCAUUGAUGUUCCCUGGUGUCCAACACUACAUGUCCAGAAUGGGAAUGGGGAUCAGUCCGCAAACGGUGCCUUCCAUUCACAAUGCCAUGCAUUUAGCUAGGCUUCCCUUGGUUGAUCCAUCAAUCCCUUUGACACAAGCUGCCCCUAAUCAAGCUGCAAUGUGCCAGAAUUCAAUGCUGAAUCAAGUUAACUAUCAACGCCAUUUGCAGAAUCCUAACUUUCAAGACCAAUAUGCCAGCUACAUGGGGUUUCAUCCACUUCAGGGUGCUUCUCAGCCUAUGAACAUUUUUGGCUUAGGUUCACAUACAGCACAGCAAAGUCAGCAGUUGCCGCAUCCAACUAACAGUAAUGCACCCACCACUUGAAGAGUUAUCACUGAGGAUGCUCUGCUAUCAAUGGGAAGUUAGGACAAGGAAAUUGCCUCACUUUGUUUAUCAUGGUACUAGACUCUAACUAUCACUGCCAGAAGAUCUUAAGAUUUUGGAAGCUAACCGCCCAAAAAUACAAGAGACAACGACACCAUAUUAAAUGAAAUACAUGAACUUCAUUGUUAUGAAUUUGUAUGACUCAUGGAGACUUCCUCAUAUAGCAAAGCUGGGGAUCAGUAUGUUUUAUUCUAUAGGAGCAUAUUUCUCAUGAGCUUCAUUGUACGAUUAGUGCUUGGCAUAUUUCUUAAAUCUAACGUUUAAUUGGAGCUGUAACCUACUGUAUAUAUCUAAAUUUACCGAGGAAUAAGAAAACCAUUUUGUCUUCA